AUGGAAGAAAAACGACGCAAGUACUCGAUCAGCAGUGAUAACUCAGACACCACUGACAGUCACACCACAUCUGCCUCCAGAUGCUCCAAAAUUCCGAAUACCAAAUCCACCUGGUCACGGCAGAAGGAGAAGAAACCCUCUGAGGUUUUCCGUACGGAUCUGAUCACAGCCAUGAAGAUCCCCGACUCCUUCCAGCUGAGCCCUGACGAGUACUACGUCCUGGCUGAUCCCUGGAGGCAGGAGUGGGAGAAGGGUGUCCAGGUGCCGGCAAGUGCCGAGGCCAUCCCAGAGCCUGUGGUCAGGAUCAUACCCCAGCUGGAGAACUCGCCCUCACAGGUUUCACCAGGCAGCCUGCCUGGCUCUGAGAUUUCAGAAGCUACGAGGACUUACUUGCAAGGCAUGAGCCGCUAUGACCUGGACGAGCUUGAUGCUUGCUGGUUAGAACUUCUUAAUAUGGAGCUCAAGGAGAUGGAAAAGCCCGAGCUGGAUGAGAUCACCCUGGAGCGAGUGCUGGAGGAGCUGGAGACCAUGUGCUACGAGAACAUGAACAUCGCCAUCGAAACAGAGGAGGGCUUGGGCAUCGAGUACGACGAGGACGUGGUGUGCGACGUCUGCCGCUCGCCGGAGGGAGAGGACGGCAACGAGAUGGUGUUCUGUGACAAGUGCAACGUCUGCGUGCACCAGGCAUGCUACGGCAUCCUGAAGGUCCCCAUCGGGAGCUGGCUGUGCCGGACCUGCGCCCUCGGGGUUCAGCCAAAGUGUCUACUGUGCCCGAAGAGAGGGGGAGCGCUGAAGCCCACCCGGAGCGGGACGAAAUGGGUCCACGUUAGCUGUGCCUUAUGGAUACCUGAAGUUAGCAUUGGAUGUCCUGAAAAAAUGGAACCCAUUACGAAGAUCUCACAUAUCCCAGCAAGCAGAUGGGCUUUGUCCUGCAGCCUCUGCAAGGAGUGUACUGGGACCUGCAUUCAGUGCUCCAUGCCCGCCUGCGUCACUGCGUUCCACGUCACCUGCGCCUUCGACCACAACCUCGACAUGCGGACUAUUCUAGCAGACAACGACGAAGUGAAGUUCAAGUCCUUCUGCCUUGAGCACAGCACUGGUGCCACCAAGCUGCCCGAGGAGGCACGGACAGAGCCUGACCAAGCCCAGCUGGACUUGGAGAAGGUCACGCUGCGGAAGCAGAAGCUCCAGCAACUGGAGGAGGACUUCUAUGAACUUGUGAAGCCUUCAGAGGUGGCGGAGAACCUUGACUUAAAUGAAUCACUGGUGGAUUUUGUCUACCAAUACUGGAAGCUGAAGAGGAAAGCAAAUUCCAACAAACCACUGCUGACACCAAAAACAGAUGAGGUGGACAACUUGGCCCAGCAAGAACAGGAUGUUCUCUACAGACGCUUAAAGCUCUUCAUGCACCUCAGGCAAGACCUGGAGAGG